AUGGCCCCCUCGACAACGGUUCCUACAGUCUCGGACAUCGAAGUUCCAGAGACCCUCCUUAAAAAGCGCAAGCAAAACGAAAAGGCCCGGGAGGAGCGCCUUGCUGCCGCCACUGCCGCACGUAAGGCAGCAAAGGCAAAGCGUAAGGUGAUCUUCAAACGGGCGGAGAGUUAUGUCAAGGAGUACUUGUCAAAGGAGAAGGAGGAGAUUCGAUUGAAGCGCGCUGCACGGACAUCUGGUGACUUCUACGUUCCUGCAGAAGCCAAGGUUUACUUCGUCGUCCGUAUUCGUGGUAUCAACGAGAUCGCACCCAAACCCCGUAAAAUCCUACAACUUCUUCGCCUUCUUCAGAUCAACAACGGUGUUUUCGUCAAGGUCACGAAAGCUACCCAGCAAAUGCUGCGACUGGUUGAGCCCUAUAUUACAUACGGCGAGCCAAACAUUAAGUCCGUCCGUGAACUCAUCUACAAGCGCGGUUACGGCAAGGUGAACAAGCAGCGCAUUCCCCUGACCAACAACGCCAUCAUCGAGGAGACACUCGGCAAAUAUGACAUUCUCUCUAUAGAGGAUCUCGUUCACGAGAUCACUACCACCGGCCCCAACUUCAAGCAGGCAUCUAACUUCCUCUGGCCUUUUAAGUUGUCGAACCCUAAUGGUGGCUGGAGGACGCGCAAGUUCAAGCACUUCGUCCAGGGUGGUGACUUUGGUGACCGAGAGGCCAACAUUAACAAGCUCAUCCGCCAGAUGAACUGA